GCAGCAGCUGGAGGGUUUGUUUUGAGUGAAGCACCAGCUUCCUGUCGGAUCGUCCAACAUGGCAAGUGGAGAGGGCGCCGUGAAGGGAGCGGGCGACAAGUACUCGGUGCUGCUGCCCACCUACAACGAGAGGGACAACCUGCCCCUCAUUGUCUGGCUGCUGAUCCGAUACUUCGAUGAAAGUGGAUUUGACUAUGAAAUUAUAGUAAUUGAUGAUGGAAGUCCUGAUGGAACACUUGAGGUUGCUAAGCAGUUGGAACAGAUUUAUGGAUCUGAUAAAAUUGUACUCCGACCACGAGCAAAGAAGCUGGGAUUAGGAACAGCAUAUAUUCAUGGAAUGCAACAUGCCACUGGUAACUUUGUUGUAAUAAUGGAUGCAGAUCUUUCACAUCAUCCAAAGUUUAUCCUUGAGUUCAUAAAAGAACAGAAGGAAGGAAAUUAUGAUGUGGUGUCUGGCACGCGCUACAGUGGAAAUGGAGGUGUAUACGGCUGGGAUUUGAGAAGAAAACUUAUCAGCCGCGGAGCAAAUUUUAUCACUCAGGUAUUGUUGAGACCAGGUGCUUCAGACUUGACAGGUAGCUUCAGACUAUACAAAAAAGAUGUGCUGCAGAAACUGGUCGAAAAGUGUGUAUCCAAAGGCUAUGUCUUUCAAAUGGAGAUGAUCGUUAGGGCUCGACAGCUGAAUUACAGUAUUGGGGAGGUACCUAUAACAUUUGUGGACCGCAUGUAUGGUGAAUCUAAGUUGGGAGGAAAUGAAAUAGUUUCGUUUUUGAAAGGACUGCUGUAUCUCUUUGUUACCACAUGAUUAAAGCUAAGAAUUGCCACUGAAAAUUUACAUAUCCAAAAUUUCAUCAGAGAAGAUUGAUAUUGUUUUUCUGCUGCACAACCUCAUUGUAAAUUCCAAUUUGUGUACAAAACUGUGGCACACCGCAGUGAGUGAACAAUUGUAUAAUAUGAAAUAAUUAAUUCCAGUCUUUGAGUAAGACUGUCGUUAAAUAUUAAUUUUGUUUGAUCCAUUUUGAUGCUUAUAGUCCUGCUGCCGUAAAUCAUAUUGCUGAAAUGUUUUGUAUGUUUUAAAACUAAUUAAGAAUCGAUACAUGGUCUUAUUUUGAUAUCACUAAUAUGGUUUGCUGUUACAAAUAUUUAUCUUUUUGGCCCCAAUUAAAAUAGAAGCAUUUAGCUUAUGUUAAUACCUGAUAAACACACACUUCAUCUCAAAUAUGAUUUAGUCAGGAUUUCUUCUAACCGAUACUUGUCAUUAUUAUGUUGUUUUGUUCUAAAAAAUUGCACUUACAAAUUCUAACAUGAUUAGCAAUUUAUUCCUACAUUCUCAAAAUCAAUGUAAUAAUGCAGGACAUUCUGGGAGUUCUAAGAGUUUCUAUCUAAAUUAAUUUCCAGGUAUUACAUUUUUAGUUUUGGUCAGAAAUUUCAAUUUUGAUUAUGUUUUCAGGGUUUUUUACACUUAUGUCUAUUAAUAAUUUGCCUAUAAAUAUUCACUUUAAUUAUGUGUACUAUCUUUACUAGAGGAAUAUAUCCAUCAAUUGUCACAGAUAAAUUAAAAUGUAAUAAUAUCUAUGUAAGCAUUCAUGCAAAUACAAUUAAUUUUAUACCGUGAGAACUUGUUGGGGAUAGAUCUAUUUGUUUCACUUUCGUGUCCAUUACCUCAGUAAUUCGAUCUGCUUGAAUUUUGUAUCUCUCUAGAUUGUUUAGUGUAAUUUGGAGAAUUUGCUCUGAAGGCUAUCUCAAUGUCACAAUAAAAUUGGUAGAAGGAA